UGUGAGCAGGGAUCCAGGUGUGUCCAGGGAUCCAGGUGUGAGCAGGGAUCCAGGUGUGCAGGGAUCCAGGUGUCCAUGGAUCCAGGUGUGCAGGGAUCCAGGUGUGCAGGGAGGGUCCCCCGAGCUCAAGGAACACUCCAAGUCCAUGGACGAGAGCCGGCUGGACCGGGUGAAGGAGUACGAGGAGGAGAUCCACUCGCUCAAGGAGCGGCUCCACAUGUCCAACCGGAAGCUGGAGGAGUACGAGCGGCGCCUGGUGACGCAGGAGGAGCAGACGAGCCGCAUCCUGCUCCAGUACCAGCACCGGCUCGAGCAGAGCGAGAAGCGCCUGCGGCAGCAGCAGCAGGAGAAGGACUCCCAGAUCAAGAGCAUCAUCGGCAG